AUGGAGAAUUUAAGGAUUUACAAGUCCAGAGUGGUUCGGGGCACAACCAGCACAAGCGAAAGGGCCAGUCGCCCUCCCAGUCCGGAAGUCCGGACGUGCCAGAGUUUCAGGGGCCCUGGCCAGGAGGCGCAGGACCCUUGUCGCGCAGGGGGAAUAGACGCCGAGCCGAAGGCCGCGCAGCUGUUCCUUCGCCCGAGGAGGGACCCUCCGAGGCCCUCGUCGUGCGCGCGGCCGCGCCCGGUGGCCCGGGCCAUCGCCGACGCCCUGGCCGUGCUGAGUAGCAGCCUGCAGAGGCCCGAGCUGUUUCCCGGCACCGGCCCGACCCUGGAGCUGCUGGCGGCCGCGGGGCGGGACGUGGCGGCCUGGCUCGAGCUGGGCCGGCCAGGCUCCUCGAGGAGCCCCCCCGGCGCCAGGAGGCGUCCGAAGCCACGGAGAGCUGCGAGUGCGGCAGGCGGGAGAGCGGUGCGACCGCGGGCGGGAGCGAGGGCGGCUGCGCCGGGAUGCGAGCCGAGGCUUGGAGCGCUCAGGGCCCGGAGGGGAGUUUGGGCGCGAGGGAAGUCCUGGCUCAGCCCGCCUCGCCUCCUUCGCAAGCUCCAGGACUCGCCUCGGUGCCGCGAGGCCACCGUCGUCUUCGACCUCCUGCGCCCGCUCCCGUGGGACCUGAGGCUGGUGGCGCAGUCGGGCUGCGACCCGAAGCGCUGCGCUCGUUCGCCCCCUUGGCCCAGGCGGGUCUCUGAGCAGCGGACGCUGAAGCUGGGACUCUGCCGCGAUUGUCCGCUCCUCGACCCUCCUUGGCUGGUGCGAGAGGUGCGGUUACUUUUCCCGAGGACCGGACCGAGUCCCCACAGCUGUGGUGUUUCCCCGGGACCGCACUGCCCACAGAGCUUCCAGGGUUGUCAGGGAAGACGCUUGAAACGUGGGUUAGCCCCAUUCGACCAUGAGCCAUCUUACAUCGUUGCGUUGGGUUCCCGGUCACCCUUAUGGCUCACCCCUGAUUUGAACCCUCUGCUUUGUGGGAUUCUAUGAAUCUGACUUUUAGAUCUUCCUACCUGAGCAGGUCUCAUUCCUUGAGGGAUUUGGGGUUCACAGAUUUAAAGUUCCGUUUUUGUGAUAUUUUUGGAUCCUGUUAUUUAUAUUCCCUCUCAUUUGUAAGCCCUGUGGUACCUGUGGUGUUAUUCUUGGUUUCUCUUUGGUGUUAAUUUAUUGUCAUUUAUUAAAUGGUGUUACACUUA